UGCAGUACUCAUAUCAUGUGAGAGUGAUCGGAAGUCGGCGAUUUCUCAGAGAUGUUGACACUGAGCACCUGAAGCUUGAGGCGUUCCGUGAUCACUAGGGAAAUGGGAUGCUGUUUUAGUUCUGACGAAGAUAAGGAUGUUGGUAUUCCUAAUGCCAGCGAAAGGACACCCUUGCUUGACCCAGGUCAGGCUGACCACAUUCAGCAGAUACAAGGAGCAAGGUCAGGGUCAACAUACUCACAGCAGAACCAGAAGGGAGAUGAACAGUCAGAGUUCAACAGAAUUCUAAGGCAGACUGCAAUCAAUGUCAUCGAUGUCACGUCGACGGAGUCGCAGAACUUGGAGCAGGGUGAGAUGCAAGACAGAGCCACGCAGUACAGUAAUCGGCUGAACAUGGUGCUGUCCGGGUCAGGGAAGAGCCGAGUGUACCGGCCCAACUUGCCAAAUGGGAUCACUUCCCCUCAGAUGACUCUGUCCGCUCCACCAGUUUCCCUGUCCGAUUUACAAUUGAUCAAUGAUUUCAGCGAAAAAUUGGCCAGUGCUGCAAGGGAAAUCAAGAUCGAGCACAAGGAGAGUCUGGUUGUGACGUUUGGCGUAUGACAGGCCCUGGGCUUUCAUUUGUUGUUUUAGUAAGAUUUUUGAGUGUGUGCAUUGUCACAGUAAAAGUGUCUUAUUGGUUGGGACGGGACGGGCUGCUUGCGUGGUGCAGUGCGGUGCCAGAGGAGAGUGGUGAGUCAUUUUCCAACCCAUGACCAUAUUUCAUGCUCCGUGCUCAUGGGGUCACUGCCAUUUUAAGUCCGCAGGUUUUCUGUCUACAUGAGCUGUUUAUGCAUCCGGGUAAAGCUUCUGUUUUCCUAUAUUGAUGGUAUCUCGUCUCCUGCAAAGUUGUCGAAUGGAUGAAUGUUGUCAGUUUUUUAUGCUUGACUUUGAUUCAGGGCAUUGUACAGUAUGUUUCACAAGAAUUUUCUGUAAUUCAGAGGGAGGUGGGUUUUUUAAUAUUUCUGAACAUCAAGCAUUUUUAUUAAAAAGCUUUCCUGUGUGAUUAUUGGUGCUGCAAAGGUUAUAAAAAUUCAGCCCUUAGUAAAGUUACACUGGAAAAUCAGAAAAUACUCAUUGAUAACAUUUUGAUUUGAUAUUCUGUAACCAUGUUAAAGUUCACUUUCAAAGACUUUCACUUCUUCAGAAAGGGGUUGGAUUAGGGCCAUUAACUGUCUUGCACUGUUCACCUAUUGAAGACAGAAACUUGAAUUUUAAAACCUGCUUCUUCUGCCCUGUGGCUUUAAAAUCUAUCCUAGUUUUUGCCCUUUGUGCUUGUACAGUCAGACUUUAGAUAGAUUUAUUUUUUUGAAGAGAUAUCCAGAUGGGUUGGCAGUCUGUUGAGAUUGAUAACUGCAAACAUGGUUCUUUUCUUGGAUUAGGAAUUACAGUAGUCUCUUGCAGCAACACCUUGGAUGUGCAUAGAGCCAACUUCGUUUUUAUGGGUGUAUGCAAUCUGUUAAUAGUAUUAUUUUUAUUGUUAAUAUUAGUAGACCUUACAUGCAUCAUGAUAUGUUUCUGUUCGAUCGGUUAGGUUAUUGUUUGUUUGUUUAUUUGUUGUUUUUUUUAAUGCGAAUUCAAAAUGCAAACCAGUCUUUGUGAAGUCACGGGAUGUCCUUCUUUGGACGGGUCCCAAAAAGUCAUGUCCUUGCAAUUCACCCUUAACCUGGUGGGGUACAAUAAAUGUAUGAUGCAACCCACAGGAGAUUCUGCUAAAAGUGACUUUUUGGAUUUGGCUUUGGGAUUCUUUGAUCGCUUUCUGUUUAUAAACACGCUGUGUUAGUUUGUUUUGAUUUUUCUAUUUCUUUAUAUAGAAUUUUGUUAGGCAACAUUUCAAAAUGCAAUUUGCUGUCCAUAUAUUUUUGUUUUGUUUUGCAGCAAAAAGAUUGUAAGCUGAGAGAUUGUCGUAACUUCAGUUAUGUAGAUGGUGCAUGAGAAAUCAGUGUCUUUAGGAUAUAGAGGCCUGGGAUUUGGAACAGGACAAAGCAACUGAAAA